AGUGCAGUAGACACAUUCUGCAUAUCACACAUUGGUUAUCACUUAUGCUUAUCACUAACUAACUGAGAAUAAGUGUAUUUUUUCACCUUGUUAUAAAUAAAUAUAUAAAAAAUUAUUUGUUAAUAAUAUUUGACAAUUGUUAUUGAGUUCUUAAACAUGUCACAAUUGAAUAAAAUGUUGUUGUCAAUGGACCAACAGCAUAACAGCAAUUUUCAAAACCUUCUAGAUACAAUGUUUAGUUUUCUUGAAAAUGAAUCUGAUUCUAACACUGAAAGUGGUCGUGAACAACUUCUAGAUACUAUAUUUAGUUUUCUUGCAAAUGAAUCUGAUUCUAACACUGAAAGUGGUGCUGAACAACUCUUGGACAUCGUAUUUAGUUUUCUUUCAAGAAAAACUAAAUUUUAUACAGCUUGUGAUGAAGAUGCUGCUAAAAAGCUGGUAUUUGAUAAAUUCCAAAAAUAUUGUGAUAAUGCUAAAAGCACCCCUGAAACAACUGAACGUGCUGAACAAAAAGAAAAACGUAAAGAAGAAGAAGAAGAAGAAGUAGAAAAUUCUGGUGAAAUUAUAAUUGAUACUAAUAAGGAAACAAAAUCAUCACAAGGUGAAAUUGAUGAUAAAAAGUUAGCAGAGAACAAGGAUGAUACUAAAAUGAAUCCAGAUGCUGCUAUUGAUAAAAGUACCCUUGAAACAGUUGAACGUGCUGAACAAAAAGAAAAACGUAAAGAAGAAGAAGAAGAAAAACAAAGUGUUGAUGAAAUGAUAAGUAAUAUUGAGAAGGAAAUGAAAUCAUCACCAGCUGAUCUAGAAAAACUAAAAGAAAAACAUCUAAUCUUGCAAUCGGCAGAGUAUCAUAUGGCAAAAAAAGAGGAAGCUGAACGCAAAUACAACAAUAUCCUUGACUCUAUUUGUCCUGGUCUAAGAAUUCCUAUUUCUAAAUGUCUGGCCCUUGAAGCAGCUGAUCUAGAAAAACUAAAAGAAAAACAUCUAAUCUAGCAAAUGGCAAAAUAUCAUAUGAAAAAAAAGAGGAUUAAAUUAUUUAGUUGAUUUGUUCAUUGUUAUUUUAAACAGCAUAAAUGAAGACGAAGCAGAAGAAGAAGAAGAAGAAGAAGAUAAAACUGAAAAAAAAAAUUAAAAACCACUUGAAAUAUCUUACAUGUAAAUUUGUAUAAGCCAUUUGUUAACGAAAUAAAAAAAAAAAAUCAUUGACCUUAAAAAACAGUUUUUGAUUGACAAUUGUGUUAAACUCUGAUGAUAAUUUGGAGCAAUCAUUUUUGAUUGAUUUUUGUAAAAAUUUGUGUCUUCUGGGUGAAAAUAAUUGUAAAACAUGUUCUGUCCUUGUCCAUAAUUAUUAACAGCUGAUAAUGACAUUGGUGGAUUUGGAUUUUGUUGCUGUUGUUGCUUUACAAUGUAAAAAAUCAUUAUAAUAUUUUAAAUAACAUAAU